CCCGUUUGCCGGGAGGGCAAUUUGAGUGAAAUCCCCCGGCGUGCUAGUGGUGAUUUCCAAGAGCCCCGUCGGACCUUCCUGAUUGACACAGACAGCCGUGAAACGACUUCCCGCGGGGGAAAACAGGUGGAUGCGAUGAAUCUGGUACCGGUGGGUCGGUUCGGUUCGCUCGGGGGUCACGACAAGAUUGGCACCGUUUCGCGCAUGCUGCCGGACGGUUCGGCCUUCUUUCGUGGCACCUGUCGCAAAGAUUCGUCGGCGGGUGUUGGCGCCGCCGUGGCCGGUGACCAGAACCGGGACCCGGCCAGGCUCGACGAGGACGAGGAGGACGACGAGGUGGUGGACCUAAGCCGGUUCGCGAGCGAGAAAGAUACACGAGCGUACUUCAAGCGAAAGCUGGCCAUCUUCGAGGCGUCCAUGAUGACGCCGGCCACGGCCAAUCGGCGGUUGGCGGCGCGCAAGAUCGCGAUGGAAAACUACGGCUACGAUCUGUUGGACGGGACGACGGCCAGUGGACUCGAGCUCGAGAUGGAUUGUGUCCCUCCGAAACAGCUGCUGAUGUACUUGGUCAGAAUGGGCUCGUUUACGUCGGCACCGCAGAUCAAAAACGUCGACUAUCAGGAUGACAAACUGGAGAUCACGGACGGGAUGUCGAUAGCGGAUCUGCUAGAGUAUUGCCGGUUGGCGCGCGGCGAAGAACGUCCACCACUGGUCAAGCGGAAGUUCCUUAAGCCGGUUGACCGACACACCAACUUCGGUGGUGAGCUCACGGACGGGUUCAAAAUGUUGAAACUGGAUGCCAUUUCUAAAACUUGUAGUGAACCUUCCCUGACCGCCCCGCAACUUCGGAUAUUCCAGUGGAACAUGCUCUCUCAGACGCUCGGAAUGCACAAUGAUGGAUUCGUACGCUGCCCGCUGGAAGCGCUAACGUGGGACUGCCGCCGAUAUCAGCUAGUAGAGGAAAUCAUUCAAAACGACCCCGACAUCAUCUGUUUACAGGAGGUGGAUCAUUUUAAAUUUUUGCAAAAAAUUCUGGCCACCCAAAACUACGAGGGAGUGUUCUUCCCGAAGCCGGACUCACCCUGCCUGUACAUCAACGGCAACAAUGGGCCGGACGGCUGUGCCGUGUUCUACCGCAAGGAUCGGCUCGAGAUGGUGAAUCACUUCACGCGCGUGCUGGAGGUGUGGCGUGUCCAGAGCAAUCAGGUGGCGAUAGCGGCCGUGCUGCGCACACGUGACACCCACCAGGAGUUCUGUGUCACGACCACACAUCUGAAGGCGCGCAAGGGGGCUCUGCUGUCAAAGUUGCGCAAUGAGCAGGGCAAAGAUUUGCUACAUUUUAUCGACGGCGUGGCACAGCACCGACCGGUGAUACUGUGUGGCGACUUUAAUGCCGAACCCAUCGAACCGAUCUACAGCACGGUGCUUAACCACCGUCCACUGGGACUGGCCAGUGCGUACGCGGAUCUGCUGGCCAGUGAAUCGCAGGAUGAAAACAAUCAAAAUGCGGCAAACGCUGGUGGCAGGCUGCGUGCUGUCGAACGGGUCGGCAGCCGGAGUAGCGUCGGAUCGUGCCACGGUGACGAGUGUGGGCAAGCGAAUGGUGGAGUACGGACCGGGGCAGAAAUUUCGGCUGCCUGUGAACCAUCGUACACGACGUGGAAGAUCCGCGAGGAAGGUGAAGUGUGCCACACGAUCGAUUAUGUAUUUUACUCCAAGGAUAAACUAACGGUGAAAAACUGUCUAAUGUUCCCUUCCGGCGAGGAGAUCGGGAUCGAUCGAACCCCCAGCUUCCAGUAUCCUUCCGACCACUUUUCGCUCGUGUGUGACAUCGAGCUGAAGGCGGCCGGAAACGCACAAACUGCGAACGAUGCCAACACAUCGACAUCGCCGAACCACCAACUGUAGCGCAGCGCCGCCGCUGAAGCGCUUCCUAUCGAAGCCGAGACACAGUACACAAAACCUCCCCCGAAUUAAUUGGUGAAUCCUUCGAAACGUUGUACAUUUAUGUGAACCGUUCUAUUUUAUGUUUGUGAUAGCAACUGUGAUUGUGUAAGAAUGCAGGUGCGAGUGGGUGUCAGACACAAGGCAUUGGACUUUUUGGACUAGGGAUUUUGUUUGUUUGUUUAAUUUUAGGACUCCAACAUGUUUUUCUUAAACUCUGCUUUGCCACACGUUCUUUUCGUUUCGACAAUUUUAUACUAAUGACUACUUUUGCCAUACUUGAUAAUGAAUGAUGAAAAGUGGGUGAACUAAGUAAAACACAUUUUAUCUGCACUAAAACACACAUCAAGGGGCACAGUGUGUGGUCGAAGAACCCUUACAGACAUGUUAAUUAGAUAGUGGUAGGCCAUACGAAAAUUGGUUCCCUAAUGUGUGGGGUUCUGGUAAUCCCUUGAGGUACAUUUUGUUGAGAAUAAUCAGAGCAAAACGAAAAUAUUUUACAAAAUACAUAUUUAUGGAUAGAGCGAAUGGGCGGCGGGAAAGAUAUGCCAGAUGAGCGUAAGUCAACACAACGAAAAUUUUGCAAUUAAAGGAAAAGCAGAUUGUCAGAAAGCCAUUAUCCGGUACGCAAGACCGGCAAAGUGCAUGGUUUUGUGAAAUCGCCAUUGUUAAUGUUGAACAUCGACAUGGUUAAAGAUGUAGUUUAGGGGCAUUGAACCCAGUGCAUCGUUUCUUUAUC